AUGGCAGCACCACCUCCUUCAACAGACGCUACUUCCUCCUCUCCCAAGCCCUGCGCAAAGUGCAAAUCCAGCCCAUCCACCCUUGAAUCCCGUUCCAAACCAGUUUGCCAGGACUGCUUCCAAAAAUUCAUAUCUAAUAAACUCAUCCGCCAUAUCACUCUCCUUGGCAAGCAGAUCCCUCCCUACCCAACGCGGCGCUAUGCCCUGGGGCUCUCAUUUGGGGUGUCUUCGUCGGUAUUAUUGAGCUUGCUGGCAGAGAAUGUGGAGCAUAACAUAAGGCAGGGGAGGAAACUGCCAUUUGAGCUAGUUGUGGUGCAUGUUGCUCAAUCGCUGCCCGGAGAGAAGGCGGAGGAAACUGAGAAGGCUGUUGAAGAGAUUCUACAGUCUUAUAGGGAGAAGUAUCCCAGGUUUGAGUUUAUCAUAUCUCAUAUCACGCUUCCAUCUCCCAACGGCGAGGAGACGAGUAGCAUAAACUUCGCGACCCUCUCCCCCGCGUCGAGAGAGGAUCUACUCAGGAUCCUUACCCGCCAGGCACUGAUUCGUGCUGCGAAGGAAAAGGAGUGCAGGGUGCUCCUCGUUGGACAUAGCACGACCGCGAUUGCGGAGAUGACACUCGCCGAGGCGGCGAAGGGACGGGGGAGGGGAGUGAGUUGGUUGGUACGGGAUGGGGAGGCUUAUGAGGAGGGGGAUGAAGAGGAGGAAGGGGAGAGUCAACCCGACGGUGACGGCACGAAGAGGACAGUGACGAAGAAGAAACUCCUAAUCCACCACCCUCUCCGCGAAACCCUCCGCCACGAGCUUUCAACCUACGCACGACUCUUUUCUGUCCAUGUUGGGGACCGGUCCUUCAUACCAAUUGACCCUUCAAAGUCACAAACCAAACAGCCAGCCGUCGUCUCACACCGCUCUCUUUCAAUCGAAGACGUCAUGACGCGGUACUUUGCAGAUGUUGAGUUACAGUACCCGAGUAUCGUAGCCAAUGUUGCGAGGACAACAGGGAAGUUGCUUCGUGCGGGAGAAGAGUCGUUCACACCUGCAGCUACAACACAGUCACAAAGUGAUGGGAAGGGUAAGAGUCUAGAGAAGUGCAGGAUAUGCAGGAUGGUGUUGGAUGAGGAGGGAGAUGAGAGGUGGAAUGGGGAGGUAGGAAGUAUAGAGGGGGAGGAUGGGGUAGGGAGGAAGGGGUUGUGUUAUGGCUGUAGGAGUGCCCUGUUGGGAUAG